AUGAAGGAAAGAGCAGAGGAGAGGCUGGAAGUUACUCGGUGUCAAAGUGGCGCCCUGAGCCCUUUGGGAAUGGCUGGUUUCACGGGGGUCGAGCGGGUUUGGCUCUUGGAUGUGCCUGAGCUACAGGUGAGCGUUGCUCUCCCCUGCAGCAACCUGGACCCGCUGACGGAGACCUACGGGAUCCCCUUCUACCUGCAGUACCUGGCGCACUGGCCCGAGUAUUUCAUUGUCGCGGAGGCGCCCGGCGGGGAGCUGAUGGGUUACAUAAUGGGUAAAGCAGAAGGCUCUGUGGCUAGGGAAGAAUGGCAUGGACACGUUACUGCGCUCUCUGUGGCACCGGAAUUUCGACGGCUGGGUCUGGCUGCUAAAUUGAUGGAACUACUGGAAGAAAUUUCAGAGAAAAAGGGUGGAUUUUUCGUUGAUCUCUUUGUGAGAGUGUCAAAUCAAGUUGCAGUAAAUAUGUAUAAGCAACUGGGCUACAGUGUGUACCGGACAGUAUUAGAGUACUACUCUGCUAGCAAUGGAGAACCAGACGAAGAUGCUUAUGAUAUGAGAAAAGCUCUUUCUAGAGAUAUGGAGAAGAAAUCAAUCAUACCUCUGCCUCAUCCUGUGAGGCCAGAAGACAUUGAGUAACAGUAAGCUGUGAAUUUUUUCAGUCAUCUUACUAAGAGCGUCAAGUUCCUUCACUCCCCAGCCCCCAAGAACUUAUGGAGGGAAAACUUAGGUUCAGUGUUUUUCCCCAUAAAAUACCAAAAAGCAGCAUUGAGAAGCUUACUAAUACUGUGUCUGUUGGUAAUGGCUGCAUACUCCUGCACUUACCCAUUAUUUUUCCUUACAAAUAUUGGAAAUUCAGAGGCUAUUAAAAUGAAUUACCUCA